AUGGCGCUGAACAACUCGACGGGCGCCACGAGCAUCGCCCGCGUCUACGCAGACGUGAAUGCAAACAUGCCCCGCUCGUAUUGGGACUACGAUUCCGUCAACAUCUCCUGGGGCGUGCUCGAAAACUACGAGGUGGUCCGCAAGAUCGGCCGCGGAAAGUACUCCGAAGUCUUCGAGGGCAUCAACGUCGUCAACUACCAGAAAUGCGUCAUCAAGGUCCUCAAGCCUGUCAAGAAGAAGAAGAUAAAGCGCGAGAUCAAGAUUCUGCAAAACUUGUCGGGCGGGCCCAACAUCGUCUCGCUGCUGGACGUGGUGCGCGAUAAUCAGAGCAAAACUCCAUCGCUCAUUUUUGAAUAUGUCAACAACACCGACUUCCGGAGUCUUUACCCAAAGUUCCAGGACUACGACGUGCGGUACUAUAUUUUCGAGCUCCUCAAGGCCCUGGACUAUUGCCACAGCAAAGGCAUCAUGCACCGUGAUGUCAAGCCUCACAACGUUAUGAUCGACCAUGAGAAGCGCAAGUUGCGCCUAAUUGACUGGGGUCUGGCGGAAUUCUACCACGCAGGAACUGAAUACAACGUUCGUGUUGCGUCACGUUACUUCAAGGGCCCCGAGCUACUCGUCGAUUUCCAGGAGUAUGAUUAUUCGCUCGACAUGUGGUCGCUGGGCGCCAUGUUUGCCUCUAUGAUCUUUAGGCGGGAACCCUUCUUCCACGGCAACAGCAACUCGGACCAACUUGUUAAAAUUGCCAAAGUCCUUGGAACUGAGGAUCUGUUCGACUAUCUUGACAAGUACGACAUUGAACUAGAUGCCCAGUACGACGACAUACUUAGUCGGUAUCCGAAGAAGCCUUGGCACUCGUUCAUCAACGCCGAGAACCAACGAUUUGUCAGUAACGACGCCAUUGACUUUCUUGAUAAGCUGCUCCGAUACGACCAUCAGGACCGACUCACUGCCCAAGAAGCCAUGUCACAUCCCUAUUUUGCUCCCGUCCGACAGGCUGCGCAGCAGAAUAGCACUGCGGCAUGA